ACUAUCACAAUUCUUGCAACCAAAAUCUCAGACAAAACCAAAAAAUGGGUAAGUUGAGUCUUUGCUUGUUAGUGCAACUGAUUAGCAUCUGGCUGACCACCAGAGGAGCUUUUGCUGAGCAGUAUGGCAGCGGAGAUGUUGGUGGUGCCAAUAAUGCCAUGGUGGGACAAUCAGCAAAUAAUGUGAGAGCAACGUAUCAUCUGUAUAAUCCACAGAAUAUUGGGUGGGAUUAUAUAAGGGCCAGUGUUUAUUGUGCCACUUGGGAUGCUAAUAAGCCACUGGCAUGGCGGAAAAAGUAUGGCUGGACUGCUUUCUGUGGUCCAUCUGGUCCUCAAGGCCAAUCUGCCUGUGGCAGGUGCUUGCGGGUGACAAAUACUAGGACAAGGACUCAGGUAACAGUGAGGAUUGUUGAUAGAUGCAGUAAUGGAGGGCUAGAUUUGGAUGUCAAUGUUUUCCGUCGACUUGACACUGAUGGAAUCGGAAACCAGCAAGGCCAUCUCAUUGUCAAUUACCAGUUCGUGAAUUGUGGUAACGGCCUCGAUGUUCCUCUGCUAUCUGUAGUUGACAAAGUAUAAAUAUAAAACUAUAACAUGUCAAGCAGUGCUAAUGCUAGUGUUUCCUGGACAUGAUUGUAAUGUAUCGGCCUUGAUAAAGUGUGUGAGCUCAUUUUGCGCACCUCAGGUGCUUCUUGGGCAUUAAUAGCAGAAUAAAUAUGGGGCCUUUUCAUGUAAUACCAAAGUAAAUAAACACGCACUGCUACUUUUCUCUGUUGCUA